CACAGCACGCCUUUACACACACUCUCUCUGUCUUUCUCUCUUUCUCCGCUACAAUAGCGCAGCCAACAGCAUCGCGAAGCCAAGGAAACCACGCAAACACUCCGGCCCCAAAUCCCCCUGUCCUUAUAUCCCCUGCACAGUUCUCAGGGAGGGGUACAGCUCAAAAAGAGCCGCUAACAAAAGACAACAGGCUACUGCUGCUGAAAAAUAACACCACUGCGUAAACAGACACCAGGACAGAACAACAUGAGGACCAACACACCUUCCGUCAGGACUUUCAUUAUGCUGGGUCUUCUUCUCCAGUGUGUGCAUGCUGAUCAAGGAAACAAUGAUAGUACAAUUACAACAACCACUGUUCCUACAAACAGUAUCACCACUGUGAUACCCACUAGUUCAGCAGCUAUAACACCUAACAUUGUGUCAUCAACAAAGAAAACGGCUGAUUCUACUCCUGAAACGAAAACAACACCACACACCACCCAGCCAGUCAAACAAGUAACUAAGACACCUUCUCCAACAGAUAAAUCAACCGGAGCAACAUCUACAGAGUCAUCCGACAACAAGAAAGAAACCACUCAGAGCCCAACGACAUCUCAACCUACUACUUUAGCUCAAGCUGAUAAAUCGCCUGAAAGCAAUUCUAAAACUAGCAAAUCCACUCCCUUUGUAAAAACAACCACGCAAACUAGUGGCAAAACAGCAAGUCCUGAAUCUCCAGUAACCACCCCAACACAACCAAUGUCCAAUCAAAGCUCAGAAUCUACCACAAACAUUCCAGAACCAGGUUUAGACCCACACCCAGUAGCAGAAACUACCAGUCAGAGUUAUAGUCCAACAGCACCUCCAUCAAAGUCAGAAACAGCAUCAUCAACAGCAACAUCAAUAAAUACAGUAGCAGCUUCAUCAACAGUAGCAGCUUCAUCAACAGUAGCAGCUUCAUCAACGGUAACAGCAUCAUCAACAGCAUCAGCAUCAGCAUCAGUGACCGUGACAGCAACAGCGACGGCAUUACCGAUGACAACCGAGGCCACAUUAUCCACAACAUCAACUAUGGCCAAAAAGCCAGAACCAGAGGUGAUCAUAAAUGGCAUCCCAUCUUACAAUUCAAAGUUACCAAUUAUCCGCAAAGUUUGCACCGAGUUCUUGAAAAGAAUUCAGAUGGAGCCCACUGGUAAAUGCAGUAUGAAUGUAACUGAGCAGGCUGGUAAAUUAAAAUUCACCUCUUUUGAAUUCUCAGCAAUGGCAGAUAAAAUCUACAGUGACAUUAUGGUGGAAGAGGACAAAAACAAGUCAAAGUCCGAAGAUGAUGAAAUUCCCAAGACAAUGAUCGCCAUCUUGGCCUCAGUUGGUGCGCUGGUGCUCAUACUUCUUUUAUUUGCCAUUUACUGCAGCUACCACCGCAGAUCCUACAGAAAAAAUCAGCAACACCUGACUGAAGAGCUGCAGACGGUGGAAAACGGCUAUCACGAUAACCCCACGCUAGAGGUGAUGGAGGUGCAGCCGGAGAUGCAGGAGAAGAAGCUAGCGCUGAACAGAGAAUUCAACGACAGCUGGAUCGUUCCCUUUGACAACCUGGUCAAAGAAGGCAUACCCGAUGAGGAGGACACCCACCUGUAAGGGACACUACACAUUUUAACAACGACCUCCAGGUCUGCACACUAGAGCCGUAGUAAACACAGUCAUUAGCAGUGUUAAAGUGCCUGACGCACUGCUGAAGACGGUGUGAAUUGCCAAACACUGACCGAGGAUUAUUGUUCACAUCUACUUCCACUCCAAUGCCAAAAAGGCAGAAGUCAUAGUGAAAAAUAUUUUAAAGACUCCUUUUAAAGGGAACAUAAAGACAGACGAUCUGAGCUCUUCAGGGGCUGUAAUACUUAGUUAGGUGUAGAUUUUCGUUUUUAUAUACCUUUGAAAAUCACCGUUUAUUAUUAUUAUUAUUAAAUUUUCAGACACGCUUUGGUAAACCCAGAGAUUUUAAUAAAUCAUUAUUUUCACUUGAUGAAUAUUGUACACUGCUGCACUUGUAUAUACAGUUUUGUAUUUUAGUAGUCAACCUGUUUGGAUUAUAGAUUAUAGAUAUUAACGUUAGACUACGACCUAUGAAUGAGUCCUGACACGCAAUGCUGGACAUAAUCAAGACCACAUCAUUACAUGAAUGCAGAUUUAUUUGCUCUUAUAUUAAUUUCACUACCUGAGUGGCACAACAGUCUUUUAUGCUAGCACACCACCUCAAAUCGAGUUCAAAUUUCAGUGGAUAUAUCUGCUAGCCGGGCGUCUACACAUACUUGAUUGGCUAUGCCUGAGGGCUGCCCUGUGCAGGGUAUUCCUGCUCUGUGCCUGGUGAUUCUUGAUUGUUGAUUACUGAUACGGCAAGUAGUCUGCUUACUGAAUUAACUGCCUAAUAUUUUACACAAAAGUAGACCUCUGGAGCCUAUCCCAGCUUUUCAAUGGGCGCAAGGCACACAACAACAUCCUGAACGUGGUGCCAGUCCAUCGCAGGGCAGACACACAUACACACACCCAUUUACCUAUAGAGCAAUUCAGUGUCUCCAAUUAACCUAACUGCAUGUUUUUGGACUGUGGGAGAACACCGGAGCUUCCGGAGGAAACCCACGCAGACACGGGGAGAACAUGCAAACUGGACCUGGACCACCCCGCCUGGGGAUCGAACCCAGGAACUUCUUGCUGUGAGGCGACAGUGCUACCCACCGUGCCACCCAAAAGUAGUCCUGUAAAUAAAGUAAAUUGUCACAGGUGUAGUGGGGCCAACAUCAUAAUAAAACACUAGGCAUAAGGCAGGAAUAUACCCUGGACUGGCGACCAAUCCAUCACACUAUUAUUUACUCCUAGGGACAUUUUAGAGCAGCCAAUUGUCUGUCCAAGAGGCAAAACUCCUCAAUCACUAAAGGCAAGGAUCAAACCCAAGCCCACAGAACUCAUGCUGGUUUAUCAAUAUCAUAAAUAUGUUUUUUUUAUUUUCACAUGUUUCUUUAAUAUUUCCAUUUUUACUUUCAACUGAACAAUGUGAUUUUACUCCAAAGAAUGACUCGGCUCUCAUUCCAUAUUUUAUUACUUCAGAUGAUCUCUUGUGGUCUCAAAUUUUAUGUAUUUUUAUGUAUUUUACAUUGUACAUUUGUGCUGAGUUUGCCAAUAAAGGUAAACAACAGGGGUCUGAUACACUGGAAGCCAAUAGCUUGGCAUUACUUUUACUAUUUUAUUUCUUUGAGACAAUAAGACAAUAAAUGUGUCCAUACAGAAUAAAAGUGACUAUAAAA